GUACGAAAUAUAAAAAUGGAAAAUAUAAAAUUCGAUAAAGUUAUGGUUAGUCAGAUAACAAAAAUUAAUAUUUUUUCAAAAGUCGAUAUAUUUGUUUGUGGACGAUAUAUACACACAUACACACACACGUAUAUAUGCAGGGUAAUUAAAUUUUGUUACACAUAUUAUAUAUACAUAAGUUGAUACAUGUAAACGUGUCAAUUACAUAGGUCCCGAAUACAUUUCUUUUGUCCAACACAACAAUAAAAUGAGAAUAUCGUUUCAGGGUUCUGUCGGUAAUUACUUCCUUGUAACGUAAUAGGUAAAUUUCGGUAUUGUUUUAAUAACAAUAGCGUAUUAUGUUACUAUGUAUUUACAUCGUCGAUGAAUUACGCGUAUCGGCCUAAAAUGGGCUUGUUAGCUAACAAACCGAUCGAAUAUCAGCGGAACCGAAAUAUCGGUGCACACGGUAACGCAAUAUCGGCCACGUAAUUAGAACGAAUAAUAGAAAACUGCAAAAGUUCAGUAACGGCCAUCGAAACGAUUCAGCUCCUCGAUAAUGACCGUUCAUUGAAACUGCGCUCGGUGGAAAACGAAGCUCGUUCGAUAUCGAGGUGUCAUCGCUCGUCCGGAACCGCGGCUUGAAACGCGUCCGAUCAAAGAGAAGCUCGAGCCGUUGCAUUUUAUGCAAAAUUCCAUAGGACGCCUCCACCGCGGAAACGAUUUAUGCGUCGGACGUGUCCAUCGAAAGAGCAUGCACGAAUAAAUAUAUAAAUAGAUAGGCUUAGUACCAUCGACGAUUAUUAUCGUUCAACAGUCGGAAGUUAAGAAAGAGAUUUUCGAAUAAAUUUGCUAAAACGCGAAAGCAUAUUUCAUGCUCAUAGUAUAUCAAUAGUAAGUUCCAAUUGUUACUAUUUUAUAUUCAAAAAGGGAGAGUAUAAGAGAGUGAAGAACGAAAAAGAGAGAGAGAGAGAGAGAGAGAGAGAGAGACAAAGGGAAAGAGAGAGAAAGAAAGAAGAUUCGAUUUCAUGCACGAUGUUGACGAGGAGCUAGGUGAUAGUGGGUGGUGAUGUCGACCGGAAGGGAUGAGUAAUAGGGAGGGGAGUCGGCACAAGACACGAGAGGCAGGGGUUGGAAAUUCAAUGUUUGCCACGGAGACAUUAAACCGAAGCUUGUGUCAAUAUCAUCCUCGGCUUUCGCUACUCGUUCAACCACUAUCCACCUGUGUCAGCCCCAUUUUUUGGUCUCCUGUUAAAUUUUCAAAUUUUGUUUUUCCUACUGCCUCUCAGGCCUUUCUCGAUAUUUUCAAUUAAUCGUUUAAACGUGCCACACCAUUUAGGAAGAUCAAAUUGCUGCAUAGAUUCGUUUGAUAUCCCAUACAAAGAGACUUUUUUCUUCUUUAUAUAUUUUCCUCAUUACGUUUCUCUAACUCGAUAUUCUUCUCUAUGUUUCUCUUUCUCUAUUAUUUUAUUACUAUAUCCUAAGAGUCUUUUUUCUUUACCUGUUGUCGGAGGUAUUUUAUAAAUGUUGACACAGAUAAUAAUUCGAAAAAUUCUUUUUCGUAUACGUAUAUGAUAACAAAAAUGGGAAUAUGUAUGCGCGUGUGUGCUUGCUUUCAACAACGUUCGUUUAUCCUUUUUGAAAUAUGGUAAAUUAUGGCGACGCGUAAUAAUUAAUCGGUGAAAUUGUUUAUCAUUGGUAAUACACCGAUUUAACAAUGAUUCGAGAGCAAAGGAUGCGAGUUUCUGCAAUCGUUAUGACGAGUCAUCGCAUAAUCUGCGGAUAGAUGAAAUACGAUUUAUCGAUAAUUACUUAUCGAGGAAAGUUCAACGGACGUAAAUGGAUUCGAUUAGAAGGAAAGGAUGGAGAGUGGUGUACCUCGCACGGUUAUAAAUAUCGACUUUAAACAAAGACCCACGGCGUUCGUUUUAUCGUUUCCGUUACGUCACGGGAUACACGUACACAUCGUCCAUUAUUCGAGCGACUUUUCUUGCGAAUAUCGAAGGAUUUUAUUCUCGCAUAGGCGAGAACGAAAUGAAAAGAAAAACCUUUAUCAAGCUUGUUCUCUUAAGUCGUUUUCAAGGGGUUAAAAGGGAGAAUUCAUCUAAAUUAAAACAAAGUGGCGUGAACGCACGUACCUAGUAUGUACUACGCAUGGACAAUGGGCAUGAGCUAUUAUCUUCAAGUAUUUACGGUACGUGUACGGGACAGAAAAAAUCGCGGCAAAUAAUUUAAUAUAAUUAAUAGCGCGCUGCUUUCGGACGACGAAUUUCAAGCCCGACGAAUUUAAUUUCGGUUCUCUCAUUGCCUCUUUCUCUUUCUUUCUCUCUCUGCCUGUCUGUCUCUCUGUCUCUGUCUGUCUGUCUCUCUCUCUCUCUCUCUCUCUCUCUCUCUCUCUCUCUCUCUCUCUCUCUCUCUCUCUCUCUCUCUCUCUCUUUCUCUCUGUCGGCUUGUUUUCGCCCGAAAACGCGCAUUCCCACUUUCGAGUGGCACCUCUGUCGUUGACCCGACAUCGUUCGUGGAAAAUCGGCUGGACAAUUCGAUCACGAAUAAUCGAUAGGAAGAGAUAUUCGAAUCGCUCGUUUGUUGGCGUACGAUUAGAAUCGAUUCGAUUUAGACGCCCGACGAUUUUUCACGGGAAUAGGUAUAAACGUGGAAUCGGUUCGUGUCGCGUGGUUUCACGUUUCGAUCGAGGAAAAACAGAAAGAGAGUGGAAAGGAUGGUUGUGCGUGGAUCGAUAAAAAAGGGCAAGCCUUCGGGAGAGGAAAUAGGAAAGGAUCUCGAGCACGAGAUUAGAUAGAAGAGAAAAAGCGCGUGCUAGGACGGUUUUGAUGGUAGCGUAAGAGUAAGCCAGGAAAAAAGAAAGGAUAGAGGCUGAGAAAGAAAGAGAGAAAGAGAGAAAGAGAAAGAGGGAAAGAGCGAGAGAAAGAAAGAGCGAAAGAGAAAGAGAGAAGAAUAUAGAGCGAGCAAGCGAUGCGGCGCGGCGUGCCGCUGGCGGUUGAAUAUAGCAUCGCGGAUGGGUCGAUAACGCGCAACUCUCUCCGCUCAUCGCAGACUCGGCGAUGCCACGCUGUGCCGUGGCCUCCUAAGCCGAGUUUUCCUCCUCUCAUUCCGUCGUAAGCCCGCACUCUGGCACAUCCAUCCGCCGGCGCCGCCACCACCACCACCACCUCCACUACCACCUCCACCACCGCCGCCACUAUCAUCACCACUAUCACCACCGCCACUAGCACUAUUACCACCGCCACCACCUGCACUAACCGACCGACCGACCGAUCGUACAACCGGCCGACCGAACGACCGACCGACCGACCGACCGACCGUUCGACCGUCGACGCCACCACCACCACCACCACCACCACCACCUACCCUCCUACUCGUUGCGAAUACCGUCCAACGGCGGCCGAGAGAAAGCGAGAGAGGAACGUCACUGCUAGAGCGCCGUCGACUUUCGACCGCUGUCGAAUCGUCUGGAGCGCGCGCGCGCGCUCGCGCCCCUCCGCAGACGAAGAGCGAGAGAGAGAGAGAGAGAGAGAGAGAGAGAGAGAGAGAGAGAGAAAGAGAGAGAAAGAGAAAGAGAGAGAGAGAGUAGUUUUCGCGGAAAUCGCGGGUGUGCCAUUCCUUUCCUAUCGAGGAAGAGGAAGAGAAGAAUAGCGUGCGAACGCGCCUGCCCUAACGAGAGUGAGAAUCAGGUGGUCGCUCCUCCUUCUCCCCUCCUCCUCCUUCUCCUUCUCUUCCUCCUCUCUUCCUCCACUUUCCCCUCCUCCAUCUACUCUUCGUCGUCUUCCUUAACGUGACAGUGCACGUGAGACUACGUCGGAUGAUUAACAGGUUGUUGCCGAUACCUUUACCUCCUUUCGGCCACGGUGUAUUCUCGCGGUGUUCGAAGCGGAAACGAGAUCCUUUCUUAUUCCUCGGGGAUCAAAGAGGAAACGUGUCCGCGCGUUCGUUCAAUGCUUUCCUGAGUCAGCGAUCGCUGUGCGUGUCGGGAACGAUAUUACGAGCGUGCUCUUUUCUUUUUCGAAUUAAUCGAAAUAAUCGAGUCGGUCAGGGACGAGCAUCGCGACGAUGCUCGUCGUCGAUGUAUCACGCUCGUCGUGUCGUCGUCAUCGUCGUCGUCGUCGUCAUCGUUGUCAUCGUCGUCGCUCGAAAGAGGUCGGCCGAUCCUGAUCUCUCGAGAGCAUCGCUCCUGGAUUGCGGUGUUGUUAAUGUGUGAGAAAAGUGCGAAUCUGUGAAUUCUUCUGGAGCUAUUUAUACUUGUCCCGUUACGCGGGCAAAUAUCGUACUAUAUUAUAUCUUUGGGCCUUUGGGAUUUUGAUUCGUUCUUGAUAUCGAAUGAUUGAAAUGAACGGAACAGGCUCCAAGUGGAAUAGCCUCGAACGAAGAUUAUCUUGGCGUAUCUUCAAAAGUUCGAGUCGCAAGCCGACAAUUACCUUAGAAGAUCCUGAUCGAAGUCGAAGAGGAAACGAGACGACAAUUUGAUGUCGACGUUCAUCUAUCGAGUAUACGGAGCGUCGCGGAAAUGCUUAGUGACAGCGUGCUAGUGGAUACAGAUCCAACUCGAGUUAGCAACAUGACGGCCAUUAACUCGGAAAUGGCAGUUUGGAGCUGUUCGAUAGCGAAAGCGGACCGGACCUCACGUUAUCGCCGCAAACCUUUACAUCGACGGCGGAAGCUUUCAUCAACGAUAACAGCGAUAGCCUCGGUGUUCCGGGAGACAACGAUACGGGUAUGCUCGAAGGUGUUCAGCAACGCAUCGGCGCUCACGAAGCACAAAUUGACGCACAGCAACGAGAGGAAAUAUGUGUGCAUGAUGUGCGGGAAGGCGUUCAAGCGGCAGGACCACUUGAACGGUCACAGGCUGACGCAUCGGAACAAAAAGCCAUUCGAAUGCAAGGCAGAGGGCUGUGGGAAAUCCUAUUGCGAUGCGAGGAGUCUAAGGAGGCACAGAGAGAAUCAUCAUGCCGGUAGUAAGGGAAACGAAAGCGUCAAUCCCAGUAGUCCGACGACGGGGCCUCACACACCAAACACACCCGGUUCUAAUCCCAGCACUCCGAGUACGCCUGGUACCACCUCGACAUCGAAUGGACACGGACAUACUGCUUUGAAACAACUCCUAGCCGAGCCAACGAAUCAACAACAAAAGAGCGCGUCGUCUCCGGGUGCCAGCAACGAUGGGCUUACGAAACAACAGCUCGAACUCAUUCAGCAGAUUAUGCAACAGACGCAGCAACAACAACAACAACAACAGCAGCAACAACAACAACAACAGACGUCCGGUCAACAGCAGCAACAACAACAGCAACAACAACAACAACAGCAACAACAACAGCAACAGCGGAACGGUUCGGCUACGACACCGAACUCGACGCAAAUCCAAAAGAAUCAAAAGUCAUCGAUCAAAUCGAACGCGUCACCUGGCAAUCUCCUGAGUAAUUCCGGAAGUACGAGCACGCCCAACAAUGCGCGAUCCAGCCCAAAGCCAAAAAUUUGGAACCAUUCGCAGCAACAACAGCAGCAGGCUCAGCAACAGCAGCAAGCUCAGCAGCAGCAGCAACAACAACAGCAGGCUCAGCAGCAACAGCAGCAGGCUAAUUCGCCCGGAAACGGAAACGUCGGGAAGGGUAGUCCCUCAUCGGGAAGUUCAGCUUCUCCCGGUGCGGUUUCGGUGCCAAACAAGUCUCAGGCGGAACCAAAGCCGGUCGAGUGCAACUUGUGCCAUAGAAAAUUUAAAAACAUACCCGCGCUCAAUGGUCACAUGAGGUUACAUGGCGGUUACUUCAAAAAGGACGCCGAGAAUAAGAAGAGCGAGAAAAAAGAAGUCGUCGGACCUCCUUUACAAACGGCCUCGGUUAGCGUCAGAGCAUUGAUCGAGGAGAAGAUCAUUCAAAAGAGAACAACCGCAGCGGACGCGAACAUCAACCAGCAGCCUCGGGCGAACAGUAACAACGUGUUCACGAACCAAGUUGAUGGUGGUUCUCAAAUCAACGGGAAAACUGGUUUUGCGGUACCUGCACCUCCACCUUUGGCGGCAGGCGAGAAAGUACGUAGGCUUUCUGAUGGAGAACAUUUUCGACAACCGAACGUUACCGUAUGUGGCCACACGACCGUACAAAAACAACUUCAGGAAGCGCAAACGCAAGCACAAGCGCAAGCACUGGCCGAUAUGAUAUUGAAGAAUACCACCAAGAUGGCUGUGAAAAGAACUACGUCCGACCCUGGACAGCGAUUGCAUCUGGCGUAUCAAUCUUCGGUACAAUCCGCAGCGAGUAAUCAACAGCAGCAACAGCAACAACAACAACAGCAGCAGCAGCAGCAACAACAGCAGCAGCAACAACAGCAGCAGCAACAACAACAACAACAGCAGCAGAAGCAGCAACAACAACAGCAGCAACAACAACAACAUUCGAAUAGCCAAGCUCAGGCAACACCUGCUGUCACGGAAUCGUUCACGAUGACGGGGUAUUCCGAGGAUGGUGGCUACUUCAGCCCAAGUCUACAAGACGAAGUAUUUCAGCAGGUUACUGCCGUGCCAGACAGUGUUCUUCUUCAUGCUACUCAAUUGGAUUCCAUUCAAUUUCAGACUGCGAGCUUGUUGCAAGAACAAUCCAACGAGCAAUUGCAGGACAUAACGCUUGAGGAUAGAUACUCGUCGCAACACACGGUUAAUCCAGAUCUUCAGGCGUUAGUGAACUCGCCGCUUCCAGAUUCUUUAGCAGAAUUCAGUACCUAUGGUGCCCAAUAUACAGAAAGUCCACAUACUUUGCCAACGCAGUCGCCAUUACCAUCUCCGCUUACCAGACACGACAGUCCUAGUUUCACGUAUCCCACGCCACCGGCCAGUCAGGAAGGACUCCUUACCGGAAAUCUUCCUUUGUUGAGUCCUCCAGAAGAUCCCGAAUCGGUCCGUCAAGUUUCGUCGCCUUUGUCGGCGGCUUUCUACACGACGACGAUGUCUUCGGCUGCAGCAGUGGAAGAGGCUUUGAGCGAAGUUUUGCCUGGCGAAUCGGAAGCAGAUGCGGAUCUUUAUGGGUCCGGAUCACCAAAUCCACACUCACCACUGCCAAGCCCACUCUCGGCAACGCCAGCACCUUCUCCUCUUUCAUCUUUGCCACCGUCCUCGGUGUCUUCUCCUGGGCCCGUUACCUUCACUAGUUCCAACUUCCCCGUCUCACCUCAUCACGCUCUCCAAAGUCAAAUGAUGCCUAAUUCGGAGGAUCCUCUUUUAUCGUCGGCACCGAAAGACUUCACCGCUGGUCGACGUAGAUUCGAAUUUCAAUCGUACAAGCUUAUCAGCAGUCAAAAUCUCGUUGAUUUUGGAUUAGGCAACGGUGGUCUCGCCAGCAUAGUCGUCGACAAUAACGGCGAGUUGAAGCUUAUUCAAACAGCAGGUCUUCAGAAGGCAAACGUUCUCGUGCAAGCGGGUUCUCUUAGCCCAGCGAUUACAUUCAAGAAGGAGAUUCGUUUGACCACGCCAAAAGUCGAUCCUGUUACCAUAAAUCUCGGCUUAAACGUACAAAC